UUUCCGUCUAACUUUGUCUUUUGUGUACAGAGCUGUAGCCGGUAUUGAAAAUAUUAAACGUAAAGCCUCAAGAUUUCCAUUUAAAUUGUAUCGUUUAACUCUUCUUUUUUUUUUUUCUCUUUGUUUAAAAAAACCUUGGGUUGUCAAGAAUUCACGAUGAAGAGCCUUUUUUUGUCUCUCUUACUUGUCUCUGUUCUGUUUAUGAACAGCUUCUCAGAAGUGCAGGGAAGGAAAUGGAAAGGUGAAGGUACAACGCAAAACCUGGAAGCUAUUGUCAUUGGAAGAUGCUAUGAGUAUAUUACAAUUCUGAAUCCUUCUGUUGGUGAGAAGAAUUGUUCAGAGAUAUGGGAAGCAUUUAAAAAUGCAUUUAUUAACAAGGAUCCUUGCAGCAUUCUACCUAAGGACUAUGAAUUAUUUAUCAACCUGUCAUUGCACACAAUUCCACCCAACAAGUCUCUCUUCUGGGAAAAUAAUGAGCUGCUAGUGAGUAGUUUUGCUGACAGAGGCCGUCGCUACAUGUCUGUGAGUUAUACUCUGUUCGGCUUCGUUGGAGAUCUUCUAAACUGGUGUGGGCAGGCAAACAGCAAUGGACUGGACUAUGAAUCCUGCCCUACCACGGAGGAAUGUGAAAACAACGCGGUGGAAUCUUUCUGGAGGAUGGCCUCAGCCACUUAUGCACAGCACAGUUCUGGGGUGAUACAUGUCUUGCUGAAUGGUUCUGCAGUCAAAGGAGCUUAUCCAGACCCAGGAUUUUUUGCAGAUUAUGAAAUACCUAAUCUCCAGAGAGACAAAAUCUCACAAAUUGUCAUCUGGGUUGUGGAUGAUAUUGAAGGACCAGAUAGAGAGUCCUGUGGAAUCCAUACUGUAAAGAUACUAGAAAACAGGCUGAAAACCCUUGGUUAUGAUGUCACCUGCACUGACAAUUACAAAUCUGUAAUGUUCUUACUCUGCCUGGAUUAUCCUGACGAUUCUAAGUGUACCCUUCCAUCCUCUGUUUUCUCUGUGGAUGGAUCCCCGCUCUCUGAUGGUCCAUUAACUGACAUGGGAACAGUUUGAUCUGCACCAGCAGCACAAAGAGGACCUGUAUCUUCAGACAGAGGAGGCAGCUGGAACAAGCUCAUGUUUGUUUCUUUUCUAAGCUUUUUGUUCAGAUUUGCUUUAGUGUACUAAAUCAACUGAAUCCAUAUCCUGUGAUUGCCUUAGCUAGCUAUAAACUUGGUUUUAACUAAUUUCUAACUUCAAUUUCACCCUAGUUCUGGGACUGGCAAACUUGCAUAUUAAAACCCUGCAUACUUCUAUCUAGAUACCAACUACUUUUAGUAUCAAAAAUUAUUCUACUGCUUCUAGAAAGCCUCAUCCUUCAUUUCCUUUUCUUGAAGAAAUCCAUUGCUUUUUCCUCUUAUCCUUAUUCUCCAGAAUUAAACUGAGAGUAAUAAUUGCUGUUCACAUAUUUCAGAAAGAAAAGUGAAAUUAUGCCUGUCCUUUAUGUCCCACACAGCUUACUUGUUCAUAAAAACAAUCCUAGCAUUUGGCCUUGGAAACUAAGUGCCUGAGUAUCAUGUUUUGGGAAGGGCAAAUAUGAAUUCUGAUCAAAGCGAGCUUAGAUUGCUCACUUGGUACAAGAUACAAUAGGUGAGACAGUGGAAAAAUUAAACUCAUUUUCAUAAGUGGUCCAGUACUUGGGCCAAACUUACCUAAAACUAUUGUACAGCAAGAUUCUGGCUUGCACACUUGCAUACAGUAUUUUACCACGUACAGAUUGCUUCAUCAUCUGCACAGCUACUCCUCAGCUGGCUGUUUCCUGGCCACUGGAUAGCCAAAAGUCAGGAAUAUCAGGUCUAGAAAGGUCCAUGGGUUUUCCACCAUGAUGUGAUGGUUGAUCACCAUGAUGUGAUUUGUGGCAUAUCAAAUUCAGACAAGAACCUGCCAAGUCAGACAUCUGCCUGCUUGCAGAUGCUUCAGAAUAUAUUGAGGAGAGAGCAGAUGCUGUCUUGAAGGUCUCUUGAGUUACUUCUGUGAAUUUUCUAACUGGUCUAGCUAGAUGCUCUUCGAAACCACCAAGACAUCCAGCUACCAAGAUGACACUUAAAUCUUUGGAAAAAAAUAGUUCUUCCAGAAAAUAAAUUUAAGAAGAAUUUUGUUGCAUUCUUUAUUAGCUUCUGUAUUAUUUAUUUGUGUUUGUAUUACCUGGUUGUCAGGAAACUGGAAUGGGAUGUUCCUGUUAUAUCACUGCGUCUGAUUUAGGACUCCAUAGUACAUUUAUGUACUUUCAGUCCCUGGUACAACUAUAUCACAUUGUAUAUUUGAAAAUAUCUAAUAUAUGUUGUUGUUGCUUACUUGUCUGGCUUCCAUUCCUGUAAUAAUCUUUAAUUUGGUUUUAAUGCAAAUCCCUUUACAUUACACACAUAGUUGUGUUUGCCUGUGUCACAGCUGGGUGUAGGCUCCAGCUUGAAGGAUUUUUGUGUCUGUUUCAGACACUUGCAAAAAGUACUGAAAUCAGAAAUUACAGACAUUUUAAAAUCUAGGCUGUAUUACACCUCGAAAUUGUUCCCUACCUAAGCUGAAAUAUUAGUCCUUUGAUUAGUUCCUUCAAUGUCCUCCUCAUUUUUAUUGCUUGUUUGAUGCUGUCCUGAACAGCAGCUGCCAGAAUAAUACGAGAGGUAUCUGUUUGUAACACAGACACAGCUCAGAUAACUAAACCCAAGCAGUUUCGAUCAGCCUUCUAUUUGCACACAGCAGAUCACAUCGUGGCACACUGUGGACUGCAGGCUGUAGAGAUGCAUAUGAGGCUCACAGAUAGGUGUGCAAGCCAUUGUUUGGUCUAGUGUUGGCCUACACGCUGACCUUUAUAUUAUAGUGUGUCCCAGAUUCAGAUAAUAGCUUAAGACCGUUAACAAGCCGUAUGCCUCUUAGGCAACUGCCAUCCACAAGCCAAGCAUCCCAGCUGGACAUCCCAGCCUGUAAAAGCUUUCCAGCCUCCACUCCAGCAGCACAGUCAGUACUGGCCAUUACGUAUGAUACCAAACACGCUGUAGGAAGUGCUAAAUAAUUCUGUUUUGAAAAAAAAGUAAAACGCAAAGUAGGAUAGAUAUGAUUCAAAUAAUUUGAGGUUAUUUACUGCAUAAACUUAUAUCAAGAACAACACACUCAGAAACUUCUUGUAGUGUUUUCUUAUUUCUAAUGUUCUUCCUCUUUUCCCAUUACUUCAACUUGGUAGCAAAGACAGCUUUUUUUUUUUCCCCAAUAUCUGUUGAAUAAAGUCUCUCAAACUUGCUGGAAAAGCUUGGGAAGACCUGUAAAGAUUUUUAGCUAACCAAAUAAUAUAGCUGGGAAAAAAAGGCAAAGUUUUAGAUGGGUAGGCUUCCUGAGAUCUUAAAGGCAGCAAAUUUCAAGCUGAGCAUCUGAGUUUAAUAUAGUGGGUUUAGUCCAUGUGAAAGAACUUUGUGAUUGGCAUCUUGGAAGCGGAGGGGGAGAAGAAGUGUCAGCAAAGCGAGAAACAAUAAUGUCAUUUGUUAUUCCUGGAGGGAGGGAGAGACGUGAACAAAAAAUUGUGAGCAAGAGAAUCCCCUAUAUCUCUCUUUUUUAUUUCUACAUCUACAAGGUGUGUGAAUAGUGCUAUUUACAGAUGUAAUUUACACUUAUGUGCUGAGAAUCAGCUAGGUAUGCCUGUGCUCUGUCUUGAACACUCAGUAAAUGCUCUGAUUAGGAACGUCUUAUGUAACAGCUGUGGCAAAUCUGGAGAAAUCAUAAUGUCUAAGAGGCAUCUUCCCUUUCAUGUAAACCCAUGCAAGCCUGGUAAUGUUCAGCAGGGUGCUUCAAAUGAGGAUUCAAAAUGUUCAAUCAUUCAUACUUGUACUAGCAGUACUGCAAAAACAGCUGUCUCCAGACCUGAAUUCAGUGGGGAAAAUGUUUCAUAUGAAAACAUUAUGUAUGUCACUUCAUUUUGAACCCAGUUGGAUGCGAUAAUCCUGUGUAGAUAUGUUACUAUCCAACUACUCAUGGCAAACGACAGCAUCAUGUACAGGAGCAUUACAAGGUGCUCUGCAUUGCUGCAGACAGACCCGUGGAAGCCACUGAUACUAAGGUAGUAUUUCCUGUCUUUGCCUGUUUUGCGGACCACUUAAAAAUUCAGUUAUGUCAUGCUCUUCGUUCCUAUAUAGAAAUAAAUAUAAUCUCCCCUCCUACUAACCUACUUUUUUUUCCCCUGCUGCAUGCGUUCCAGUCAUUCUAUCUGAUAAAAGCCAAACUCUAAUUAAGAAUAAUUAAUUUUUUUCAGCACGUGUGUGCAUGCACACAUAUACAUCUGCUCAUACCUGCUCUGUCUACUUUUAAAUGCAAGUUAUUGAGUGCUUUGGAGUAAGGAGUUAUAAGAAUAAAGCAAGGGCAACUUGUUCACCUCUCUGCCCUUUUUAUAC